CCAAGGAUGUUCACCAUAGCAGAAAGGUAAUCACUCCACUACUAUGGCUUACUCUUCUUUGCUCUCUCUGAGCCUCUGCUUUUUCGUUCUAUUCCAUGGCUGCUUUGCUCAGAUAGCGCAAGAAACCCAACGACAGCGCCAGCAGCAGCAACGGUUCCAGACCGAAUGCCACAUUGACAACUUAAACGCUCAAGAACCCACUCAGAGGUUCGAGUCCGAGGCCGGUGUCACCGAAUACUGGGACCAGAACGAUCAACAAUUCCAGUGCGCUGGAGUGGCUCUGGUCCGCCACUUUAUCCAACGUAGAGGCCUAUUGUUGCCUUCAUUCUCCAAUGCGCCUCAGCUCAUCUAUGUUGUCCAAGGUAGAGGAUUUCAGGGAGCUGUUAUCCCAGGUUGUCCUGAGACGUUCCAAUCGGAUUCUUCAUCGCAGGGUAGAGGAGGUCGGAGAUCACAACAAAGGGGCAGCGACCAGCACCAGAAGGUUCGACAAAUCCGGGAGGGUGACAUCCUUGCUCUGCCGGCCGGAAUGGCUCAUUGGAUCUAUAAUGACGGCGAGUCCCAGCUUGUCUUGGUCUCACUCCUCGACACCUCCAAUCAGGCCAACCAGCUCGACGAGAACCCAAGGAAAUUCUACCUCGCUGGGAACCCACAACAAGAACAACAACAAGGCCAGAGACAGAGACAGAGACGGGGACAGGAACAGGGACAGGGACAGGGACAGAGCCGGGGCCAGGAAGCCAGCCAGCAAAGCGGCGGCAGCAACAUCUUCAGUGGCUUCGACGAGGACAUUCUGGCGGACUCUUUCAAUGUCGAGGACGAGCUGGCGAGGAGGCUACAGAGCCGAGAUGAUCAGAGAGGAAGAAUCGUGUUCGUUCAGGAUGAGCUUCAGUUGCUGAGCCCACAACGCCAAGAACAAGAACGCGAAGAGCGACGAUGGGAAAGAGACGACAAUGGCGUCGAGGAAACCUUCUGCACGCUUAGGCUCCAACACAACAUUGCUGACCCACGAAACGCUGACGUGUACAACCCCCGCGGCGGUCGCCUCACCAGCCUCAACAGCCUCAAGCUCCCCAUCCUUCGGUACCUCCAACUCAGCGCUGAGCGAGGUGUCCUCUACAACAAUGCAAUCAUGGCACCACACUACAACUUGAACAGCCACAGCGUGAUUUUUGCGAUUAGAGGCAACGGCAGGAUUCAGGUGGUGAGACACGACGGACAGAACAUAUUUGACGGGGAGCUCCGGGAGGGUCAGGCUCUGACGGUGCCACAGAACUUCGCUGUGAUUAAGAAGGCGGGAAGUGAGGGAUUCGAGUGGGUGGCUUUCAAGACCAACGACAACGCCUUGAGAAACCCACUCGCCGGAAGGCUGUCGGCCAUCCGGGCAAUUCCAGAGGAUGUGUUAAUUAACUCGUACCGCAUUAACAGGGAGCAAGCAAGAAGGUUGAAGUUUAGCCGGGACGAGUCGACUAUGUUUAGCUCCGAAUCUGCGCAACAGAGGAGGUACUAAGCUUCUGUGCACCCCCAAUGUAACUUUCAUCAUCAAAACUUAGUAGUGGCAGUAUGAGUAGUACGGAAUAAGGCCCCUCCAAGGGGUGGGAGGGGAGGGUAACAAAGCUAGUUUGGUACCAUCUACGUUGUACUUGUAUGUAAAAGUAACUGCGGGAAUGGACGUUCAAAAUGUAUGAGUUUAAUAAAAUAUUCUCGUUUUC